GGUCCCUUCCAUUGGCGCAGUCCACAAAUUUUCAAUGGCAAACCCUAAAGUCUACUUCGACAUGACAAUCGGCGGCGCCCCAGCCGGCCGGAUCGUGAUGGAGCUGUUCGCGGACACAACUCCACGAACCGCAGAGAACUUCAGGGCUCUUUGCACUGGAGAGAAAGGCAAAGGGCGAAGCGGCAAGCCUUUACACUACAAAGGCUCGACUUUUCAUCGAGUGAUCCCUGGAUUCAUGUGUCAAGGAGGGGAUUUUACUGCGGGGAAUGGAACCGGAGGAGAAUCAAUCUAUGGAGCGAAAUUCGCUGAUGAGAAUUUCAUAAAGAAACAUACUGGGCCUGGAAUUCUGUCUAUGGCUAAUGCUGGGCCUGGCACUAAUGGGUCUCAGUUUUUCAUAUGUACAGAUAAGACUGAAUGGCUUGAUGGGAAACAUGUGGUGUUCGGAAGAGUUGUGGAGGGUAUGAAUGUUGUCAAGGCUAUAGAGAAGGUUGGAUCUAGUAGUGGAAGGACUUCCAGGCCUGUUGUUGUUGCUGAUUGUGGUCAGCUUUCUUGAGGCACAGGAUUUGUGAUAUGCUGGUGUGUUUGUGUUUAUGUAUCUAUCUACAUAACGAGUCUUUAAUUGGACUCUGAUGGUGUUUCUUCAAGUGUUGCUGUCCUUUAAUGAUCCUAAUGAGAUUUUACAGAUACAAUAAUUGAAUGAAUAAUUUCACCUUAUUGUUU